UCAGGAAACAGCUCAGACUGAGGCAUGCAGCAGGCUCAGGAGGAAGAAGGGCGGUAGAGGCAGAGGAGGUGGCCUUGCCUGGCCACAAGGGCUCUGAGGGUCCCUGCCUGAAGAGAGAGAGGAGAUCUCGGACAGGGGCAGGCGCUCUGGAAUGCAGCCCCAGUUGCUGCUGCUGCUGCUGCUCUUGCCACUCAGUUUCCCUGUCAUCCUGACCAGAGAGCUUCUGUGUGGAGGAUCCCCAGAGCCCUGUGCCAACGGAGGCACUUGCCUGAGGCUGUCUCGGGGACAAGGGAUCUGCCAGUGUGCCCCUGGAUUUCUGGGUGAGACUUGCCAGUUUCCUGACCCCUGCAGGGAUACCCAACUCUGCAAGAAUGGUGGCAGCUGCCAAGCCCUGCUCCCCACACCCCCAGGCUUCCGUAGUCCUACUUCUCCACUGACCCCUCACUUCUCCUGCACCUGCCCCUCUGGCUUCACUGGUGAUCGAUGCCAAACCCAUCUGGAAGAGCUCUGUCCACCUUCUUUCUGUUCCAACGGAGGUCACUGCUAUGUUCAGGCCUCAGGCCGCCCACAGUGCUCCUGCGAGCCUGGGUGGACAGGUGAGCAAUGCCAGCUCCGAGACUUCUGCUCAGCCAACCCCUGUGCCAAUGGAGGCGUGUGCCUGGCCACAUACCCCCAGAUCCAGUGCCGCUGUUCACCUGGGUUCGAGGGUCACACCUGUGAACACGACAUCAACGAGUGCUUCCUGGAGCCGGGACCCUGCCCUCAGGGCACCUCCUGUCAUAACACCUUGGGUUCCUACCAGUGUCUCUGCCCUGUGGGGCAGGAAGGUCCCCAGUGCAAGCUCAGGAAGGGAGCCUGCCGACCUGGAAGCUGUCUCAAUGGGGGCACCUGCCAGCUGGUCCCAGAGGGAGACUUCACCUUUCAUCUCUGCCUCUGUCCCCCAGGUUUCACGGGGCUGGACUGUGAGAUGAACCCAGAUGACUGUGUCAGGCACCAGUGUCAGAACGGGGCCACCUGUCUGGAUGGGCUGGACACCUACACCUGCCUCUGCCCCAAGACAUGGAAGGGCUGGGACUGCUCUGAAGAUAUAGAUGAAUGUGAAGCCCGGGGUCCCCCUCGCUGCAGAAACGGUGGCACCUGCCAGAACACAGCUGGCGGCUUUCACUGUGUGUGCGUGAGUGGCUGGGGAGGCAUAGGCUGUGAGGAGAACCUGGAUGACUGUGCGGCCGCCACCUGUGCCCCAGGAUCCACCUGCAUCGACCGUGUGGGCUCCUUCUCCUGCCUCUGCCCACCUGGACGCACAGGCCUCCUGUGCCACCUGGAAGACAUGUGUUUGAGCCAGCCGUGCCAUGUGAAUGCCCAGUGCAGCACCAACCCUCUGACAGGCUCCACCCUCUGCAUAUGCCAGCCUGGCUACUCAGGAUCCACCUGUCACCAAGAUCUGGAUGAGUGCCAAAUGGCCCAGCAAGGACCCAGUCCCUGUGAACAUGGCGGCUCCUGCAUCAACACCCCUGGCUCCUUCAACUGCCUCUGCCUGCCUGGUUACACGGGCUCCCGCUGUGAAGCUGACCACAAUGAGUGCCUGUCACAGCCCUGCCACCCGGGCAGCACCUGCCUGGACCUGCUUGCAACCUUCCACUGCCUCUGCCCACCAGGCUUGGAAGGGAGGCUCUGUGAGGUGGAGGUCAAUGAGUGCACCUCUAACCCCUGCCUGAACCAAGCUGCCUGCCAUGACCUGCUCAACGGCUUCCAGUGCCUCUGCCUUCCUGGAUUCACCGGCGCCAGAUGUGAGAAAGACAUGGACGAGUGUAGCAGCACCCCCUGUGCCAAUGGGGGGCGCUGCCGAGACCAGCCUGGAGCCUUCCACUGCGAGUGUCUCCCAGGCUUUGAAGGGCCACACUGCGAGACAGAAGUGGACGAAUGUCUUAGUGAUCCCUGCCCCGUGGGAGCCAGCUGCCUUGAUCUUCCCGGAGCAUUCUUCUGCCUCUGCCGUCCCGGUUUCACAGGUCAACUUUGUGAGGUUCCCUUGUGCACCCCCAACAUGUGCCAACCUGGACAGCAAUGCCAAGGUCAGGAACACAGAGCCCCCUGCCUCUGCCCUGACGGAAGUCCUGGCUGUGUUCCUGCUGAGGACAACUGCCCCUGUCACCAUGGCCAUUGCCAGAGAUCCUUGUGUGUGUGUGACGAGGGCUGGACUGGACCAGAAUGUGAGACAGAACUGGGUGGCUGCAUCUCCACACCCUGUGCCCAUGGGGGGACCUGCCACCCACAGCCGUCUGGCUACAACUGUACCUGCCCUGCAGGCUACCUGGGGUUGACCUGUAGUGAGGAGGUGACAGCUUGUCACUCAGGGCCCUGUCUCAAUGGUGGCUCCUGCAGCAUCCGUCCUGAGGGCUAUUCCUGCACCUGCCUUCCAAGUCACACAGGUCGCCACUGCCAGACUGCCGUGGACCACUGUGUGUCUGCCUCGUGCCUCAAUGGGGGUACCUGUGUGAACAAGCCUGGCACUUUCUUCUGCCUCUGUGCCACUGGCUUCCAGGGGCCGCACUGUGAGGAGAAGACUAACCCCAGCUGUGCAGACAGCCCCUGCAGGAACAAGGCAACCUGCCAAGACACACCUGGAGGGGCCCGCUGCCUCUGCAGCCCUGGCUAUACAGGAAGCGGCUGCCAGACUCUGAUAGACUUGUGUGCCCGGAAGCCCUGUCCACACACUGCCCGAUGCCUCCAGAGUGGGCCCUCCUUCCAGUGCCUGUGCCUCCAGGGAUGGACAGGGGCUCUCUGUGACCUCCCAGUGUCCUGCCAGAAGGCCGCGAUGAGCCAAGGCAUAGAGAUCUCUGGCCUGUGCCAGAAUGGAGGCCUCUGUAUUGACACGGGCUCCUCCUAUUUCUGCCGCUGCCCUCCUGGAUUUCAAGGCAAGUUAUGCCAGGAUAAUGUGAACCCCUGUGAGACUAAUCCUUGCCAUCACGGGGCUACCUGUGUGCCCCAGCCCAGUGGCUAUGUCUGCCAGUGUGCCCCAGGCUAUGAGGGACAGAACUGCUCAAAAGUACUUGACGCUUGUCAGUCCCAGCCCUGCCACAACCACGGAACCUGUACCCCCAGGCCUGGAGGCUUCCACUGUGCCUGCCCUCCAGGCUUUGUGGGACUGCGUUGUGAGGGAGAUGUGGAUGAGUGUCUAGACCGGCCCUGUCACCCUUCGGGCACUGCAGCUUGCCACUCUUUAGCCAACGCCUUCUACUGCCAGUGUCUGCCUGGGCACACAGGCCAGCGAUGUGAGGUGGAGAUGGACCUCUGUCAGAGCCAGCCCUGCUUCAAUGGAGGGUCCUGUGAGAUCACAACAGGGCCACCCCCUGGCUUCACCUGCCACUGCCCCAAGGGUUUUGAAGGCCCCACCUGCAGCCACAAAGCCCUUUCCUGCGGCAUCCAUCACUGCCACAAUGGAGGCCUAUGCCUGCCCUCCCCUAAGCCAGGGUCACCACCACUCUGUGCCUGCCUCAGUGGUUUUGGGGGCCCUGACUGUCUGACACCUCCAGCUCCACCGGGCUGCGGUCCCCCCUCACCCUGCCUGCACAAUGGUAGCUGCACUGAGAUCCCUGGGUUGGGCAACCCGGGCUUUCAAUGCACCUGCCCUCCUGACUCUCCAGGGCCCCGGUGUCAAAGGCCAGGGGCAAGUGGAUGUGAGGGCCGAGGUGGUGAUGGGACCUGCGAUGCUGGCUGCAGUGGCCCAGGAGGAGACUGGGAUGGAGGGGACUGUUCCCUGGGGGUCCCAGACCCCUGGAAGGGCUGUCCCCCGCAUUCCCAGUGCUGGCUUCUCUUCCGGGAUGGGCGGUGUCACCCGCAGUGUGACUCUGAGGAGUGUCUGUUUGAUGGCUACGACUGUGAAAUCCCUCCAACCUGCAUCCCAGCCUAUGACCAGUACUGCCGAGAUCACUUCCACAAUGGGCACUGUGAGAAAGGCUGCAAUAAUGCUGAGUGUGGCUGGGACGGAGGAGACUGCAGACCAGAAGGGGAGGAUUCAGAGGGGAGGCCCUCCCUGGCCCUGCUGGUGGUGCUGAGGCCCCCAGCCCUGGAUCAGCAGCUGCUUGCCCUGGCACGAGUGCUGUCCCUGACUCUGAGGGUUGGUCUCUGGGUGAGGAAAGACAGUGAAGGCAGGAACAUGGUGUUCCCCUAUCCUGGGACCCGGGCCAAAGAGGAGCUGAGUGGAGCUAAGGAUUCCUCUUCGUGGGAAAGACAAGCCCCUCCCACUCAGCCCCUGGGCAAGGAGACGGAGUCUCUUGGUGCAGGGUUUGUGGUAGUGAUGGGAGUGGAUCUGUCCCGCUGUGGUCCGGAACAUCCUGCGUCCCGCUGUCCCUGGGACUCUGGACUCCUGCUGCGCUUCCUUGCAGCAAUGGCUGCAGUGGGAGCUCUGGAGCCCCUGCUGCCUGGACCCUUGCUGGCGGCUCACCCUCAAGCAGGGACCAGGCCCCCUGCCAACCAGCUUCCCUGGCCCAUUCUAUGUUCACCAGUGGUUGGGGUGCUUCUCCUGGCCCUUGGGGCCCUUCUCGUCCUCCAGCUCAUUCGGCGCCGGCGGCGAGAACAUGGGGCCCUGUGGCUGCCCCCUGGUUUCAUUCGAAGGCCUCAGACACAGCAGGCACCCCACCGGCGGAGGCCCCCACUGGGCGAGGACAACAUUGGUCUUAAGACACUGAAGCCAGAGGCCGAAGUGGAUGAGGAUGGAGUGGCCAUGUGCUCGGGCCCUGAAGAGGGAGAGGCUGAAGAAACAGCCUCAGCCUCCAGGUGCCAGCUUUGGCCGCUCAACAGCGGCUGUGGAGAGCUCCCCCAGGCAGCCAUGCUGACCCCUCCUCAGGAGUGUGAAUCGGAGGCUCUAGACGUGGACACCUGUGGACCUGAUGGGGUGACACCCCUGAUGUCAGCCGUCUUCUGUGGGGGAGUGCAGUCCACAACUGGGGCUAGUCCACAGAGACUGGGGCUAGGAAAUCUGGAACCCUGGGAACCACUGCUGGAUAGAGGGGCCUGCCCCCAGGCUCACACUGUGGGCACUGGAGAGACACCUCUGCACCUAGCUGCCAGAUUCUCUCGGCCAACCGCUGCCCGCCGCCUCCUUGAGGCUGGAGCCAACCCCAACCAGCCAGACCGCGCUGGGCGCACCCCACUUCACACUGCUGUGGCUGCUGACGCUCGGGAGGUUUGCCAGCUCCUAUUGGCCAGCAGACAGACUACGGUGGACGCCCGCACAGAGGACGGGACUACACCUUUGAUGCUGGCUGCCAGGCUGGCCGUGGAGGACCUGGUUGAAGAAUUGAUCGCAGCCCGAGCAGAUGUAGGAGCCAGGGAUAAAAGGGGAAAAACUGCACUGCACUGGGCCGCUGCUGUGAACAACGCCCGAGCCGCCCGCUCUCUCCUCCAGGCUGGAGCGGAUAAAGAUGCCCAGGACAGUAGGGAGCAGACGCCUCUUUUCCUGGCAGCGCGCGAAGGCGCCGUGGAGGUGGCGCAGCUGCUGCUGGAGCUCGGGGCGGCCCGGGGACUGCGAGACCAGGCCGGGCUGGCCCCAGGAGAUGUGGCCCGCCAGCGCAGUCACUGGGACCUGCUAACGUUGCUGGAAGGGGUCGGACCGACCACGCAAGAGGCCCGUGCGCACGCACGCACCACGCCGGGGGGCGGGGCCGCGCCGCGCUGCCGGACGCUGUCUGCGGGAGCGCGCCCGCGCGGGGGCGGAGCCUGUCUGCAGGCUCGCACUUGGUCGGUGGACAUGGGAGCGCGCGGAGGGACGGUGCAUGCGCGCUGCCGGAGCCGAUCUGGAAGCUGCGGAGGCCCCACCACGCGCGGCCGCAGGUUCUCCGCGGGCUCCCGUGGACGACGCGGGGCUAGGGCAUCACAGGAUGACUGGCCUCGCGACUGGGUGGCCCUGGAAGCCUGCGGCUCCGCCUGCAGUGCGCCGAUCCCGCCUCCCAGCCUGACCCCGUCCCCAGAACGUGGAUCCCCUCAAGUUGCCUGGGGUCUUCCAGUCCACCAAGAGAUUCCCUUAAACUCGGUUGGACGAAAUCUGAACUAGGCAGCUGCGUGGAAGGAAGGAAGCGACACGUACGAGUCUGGAAGACUCCGGACUUUGAAGGCCAAAAUAACCGUUAUGCCCACUUGUCUCCCCCAUAGAGUAUGCACAGCAAUGGGAAGAGGGUUUAGGAUGCCCGAAUGAGAUAGACCGUGAUUUUCCUGGAAAAUAGGGCAGCUACAAGAGGACAAAGUUGAUUUCGAGAAUCCCUAAACUCUGGAACCAAGAACUGUGGGCGAAUUGGGUGUAAAAUGUUUCUUGUGUAUGGUUUCCCAAAAGGAGCCUCUGCUAUCUACUGUCCACAGUAUCUGGCAACUAUUUAUUGAGCACCUACGAUGUGCCGGGUGUUGUGUAGAUGAUGAACAGUAACCACUGGCCCAUCCAGCUGAUGACUCCUUGCCCUCUCUCUGCCUCCCCACAAGGACACUGGUGCAGGGAUGAGGCCGUGUUCUCCAGUCACUGCUAUCUCCGAGAACCCCAAACUCAUGGAUAAUAAAGCUAAUUUGAAGUGCUACUUUA